AUGGAUGUGCAUAUAGAUGACUACACAUUUGAAAGCAUACUUGGAAAGGGAACUUUUGGAACUGUAUAUUUGGUGAAAAGAAAGAAAGACUCAAAGCCAUUCGUUAUAAAAGCACAAGAUUUAAAUGCAGUAAACCACUCACCUUCUGAGAGAACACUAGGAGAGAUACGAUGUCUACAAAAAUUGAGACAUCCAAACAUAGUGUUUUAUUAUGGAGCAUGGAAAAAUAAUAAUUACAGCUAUAUUCUUCUGGAAUAUGCAACUAGAUGUACUCUCAAGGAUUUGCUAGAAAAACGAGAAAUACCACUUAAAGAAGAGGACGCAUUGUAUCUGUUUUCGCAAGUUACUUUGGGAGUACAUCAUAUUCACUCAAACAAAAUUCUUCAUCGGGAUCUAAAACCAGAAAAUAUCAUGUUAACUGGCAGCCGCGGCGAUAUCGUUAAAAUCGGUGACUUUGGUCUUUCAAAAAAUAUCCAAGAAGAUGCGAUAACUUGUCACGCAGGAUCUUAUUACUAUAUGGCACCGGAAGUACUAAGUGUACAGCCGUAUGAACUUAAGUGUGAUAUAUGGAGUAUGGGCGUUAUACUAUAUGAAAUGGUUACGAAGAAGUUUCCAUUUCCGGCCACGAGUCUAGUGGAAAUUACGAAAUUAGUGCACAAUAAUUCGCCGGAGCCUUUACCGCAGUGGAUGUCAGCAUCCGUUGUAAAUCUGAUAUCGAAGAUGCUGAGAAAGAACAAAGAAUUUUAA